UGUCGUCAGCAACAGCCUAAGAUCCAGCUGAGAAAGGAUAACUUCACACGAGCGGGGUUCUUCUUUUGUCACAACAGAGCUUUGCCCGUUAGAAAGAUAAUAAAAUGAAAUAGUUAAUAACGAACACAUAAGCCUUUCUUGAACAUGUCGCUGGCUGUAAUAUAAGCUGGACCGCUGAAGCACAAGAGCGAGCGAAGAUGGAGCUGGAUGUAAAGGGGAACUCGCCGUGCUCAGAUCCCAUCCCCCACUCUCCCAGGUCUGGAGGCUGUCAGCAGCAGGACCAGCAGGAUGGGCAGCAAGGGGAAAGUGUAACUACCAGUGACAGCCACAGCAAGGACACCACAGCAGACAGCGACACAGACGACAGUAAAAGAACAGCAGUCGCCAAGACUCCCAGCUCUCCUGCAUAUAGCAGAUGGUCCAGUUCACAGCAGCAUCAGGCCAGCGCUGCGGUGAGAGCUUACAACAGUAAAGCGCAAGUGACCAUGAGCCCUGGCUUUUCCUCACAGUGGAACAGUAGUCAGGCUGCCUGGAACACAUAUCCCUUCCCUCGAGCCAGCCUCCACUACCAGUCACACGGCAGCUACACCUGCUGCCCUGGGCAACCUGCUCAGUCUUAUGCACCAGCGCCUCACCCCAUGGCUCCCCCCAGCCCCAGCACCAACAGCAGCAGCAACAGCGGAGGCGAGCAGCUGAGCAAAACCAACCUGUACAUCCGGGGCCUCCCUCCCGGGACCACCGACCAGGACCUCAUCAAGCUCUGCCAGCCGUACGGAAAGAUUGUGUCAACAAAGGCAAUCCUGGACAAAAACACAAAUCAAUGCAAAGGAUAUGGCUUUGUAGAUUUUGACAGCCCUGCAGCAGCGCAGAAAGCUGUCGCCUCUCUCAAAGCCAGCGGAGUACAGGCGCAAAUGGCAAAGCAACAGGAACAAGACCCCACAAACCUGUACAUUUCAAAUCUGCCCAUCUCCAUGGACGAGCAGGAGCUGGAGAACAUGCUGAAGCCCUUCGGCCACGUCAUCUCCACACGGAUACUGAGAGAUGCCAAUGGGAUCAGCAGAGGUGUCGGCUUUGCCAGAAUGGAGUCGACCGAGAAAUGUGAAGUCGUGAUUCAACAUUUUAAUGGAAAAUACCUGAAAACCCCACCAGGUGUUCCAGCCCCCGCCGAGCCUUUGCUGUGCAAAUUUGCUGAUGGAGGGCAAAAGAAGCGACAGAAUCAAAGUAAAUACCCCCAGAAUGGAAGACCGUGGCCGAGAGAAGGAGAGACUGGAAUGGCAUUAACAUAUGACCCUGCUGCUAUGCAGAACGGAUUCUAUUCCUCACCAUACAGUAUUGCUACAAAUCGUAUGAUUGCACACACAUCUAUCACGCCGUUCAUCGCUGCUUCUCCUGUUUCGACAUAUCAGGUCCAGAGUACAUCAUGGAUGCCACAUCAACCAUAUGUUAUGCAACCAACAGGUGCUGUGAUAACGCCAGCAAUGGACCACAGCAUGUCAGUGCAGCCUGCCAGUAUGAUGGGGCCUCUUACCCAGCAGAUGAACCAUUUAUCUUUGGGUACAACAGGAACUUACAUGACUGCGGCCGCAGCUGCUGCGCCUAUGCAAGGGACGUACAUUCCCCAGUACACUGCUGUGCCUCCAGCUGCUGUCCCCGUGGAAGGAGUGGUGACCGAUGCCUCGCCACAGACGGUUGCACCCUCAUCACAGGAAGCCAGCGGACAGCAGCAACAGAUACAGGUGGAAACCAGCAGCGAGCACGCUCCUCCUUAUUCGUACCAACAGUCGAAAUAAUGACAGGACUGAAGAAUGUUCCUCUGACAGCAUUGCCUUGACACAGGGAAACUGCACUGAGGAGGAAGCUUACUUCCAGAUUGCACAGGCACCAAAAGAAAUACUUUUUCAUUUCCUACCUUGCCCAGUGGAAAAAAGUGUUGCAACAUGCUGUGCAGAGUGAGGUUCAGUCACGUAGCCUGACAGUUUUGUUUCAUGUCAGCCAGCGAGAGGCUUGAAUUUUUUUCUUCAUGAAAUUUCUUGAAUUAAAAAAAAAAAAAGAAAAAAAUAUUUGAAUGUGCAGGUAGGUUUCAGCAAUGGUGAGAGUUUUGAAAUUAAGAGAGGAAGCAAGUUUGAAAAAAAAAGUUUGUCUUCCUCAGAUAUUAAGCUACUCUUUCUUUUCCUUCUUUUUAUUUCUUGUGUUACAUUUUAGGUUUUUAGAAAACUUUAGCAAGGAUGUUUCUUGAAUCUUUAUUGCCUUAAUUUUAAGGACGUCAAAGACUUUUCCAAAGUGAUCAGUCAAACGUCUUAUUACAAAACAUAAAAAUGAAUGAAUGAUUCAGUCACUUGGACCAAUUGAAUGGUGCAAGAUAUUAACAGAAGAGUUGAGUUGGUAAAAGAAAAACUAUUAAAUAAGCUGUACAGAUUUAAUAGAGAUUUUUUUCUUCUUUUGAAGAAAACUUUCUUAAUUAUGAAACAGUGGCAACUGGCAAUGUUUAAAGUAGUAAAGGCUGAGACAUAAUUUCUGUCUUAGUGAAGAACAGGAAAAAAAAUUAAACUUGGGGCUAUAAGAGAUUUUCAGUAUGAGAAAACAGUGGAAUCACUGCAUUACAGGAAAUGCAGUUUGUUGCAAAAUGCAGAUUUUUUUUUAAUUUUACAUGGCGAAACCGCUAUUGAUGGCAUUAGUGCUUUUUAUCUGCAACCUUUUUUAUGAGCUUUAAGAAGUUUUUAGUCUGCUUGCUUGUCAUAUUGCAAAAAAAACAAAAAAAUAAUAGCAGUGCAAAACUACAUAGAUAGGAGCUUAUGGUUAAACCUAUUAGUGCAAAAGCAAUAGAUAGAAGAAAUUGUUGACAAUUUCUGUAGUCUUUCAUAGUUGUCGAUCAAAUGCAGCCUAUGGAUGGCCUAUUUUAUACCAAAGAUGAAGUGACACCCUAAAGCAGCUGAGGAGAUAGAGAUUUUUUCAGUUUUAUUUUGUUGUUGUUGACGUUGUUGUUUUUUUUUUUAAGUCUUUAUUUGACCUAGAUGGCCGGACCAGUUCUUAAUUUUGUUUCUUGGUUUAAACUAUCUUCCACUGGUGUCGUGUAACAUUCACUCUUGGAAAGACAAAAAAAAAGGAUUGGGAUCUGUUUAAACGGAUUUAAGCAGUGACGCAUCGAAGUAUUGUCAAUCUUAAAACAUGUUAACCUGUUGUAAUGAAAAAAAAAACAUCUUUCCAUUG